AUAUGUUGUGAGGGACGCACCGCCUUGAACUCGGUGCUCCCUGAAAUGCGUUUGUAGUGGUGAAGAUGAAACGGAACUACCAGAUUUCUUCCUGAAAGCUGUUCUGGAAGUUGUUUUGAGUAUUAUAUGUGAUCACUGGUGUGUACUAAAAGAUCUGAUCUCACUGGUUAGUCUAGUGGAAGUAAGUGCCGUGUAGUGCCGCGUAUACAUAUUGAACCUCCUCAGUGAUACUGAUAUUGAUCACGAAAUUUUGCAUGAGUGGUGAUGAAAGUUGCGGAGGUAGGCCGAGGAUCUGCGAUGCAGUGCUAUCGGAACAUCCCUCGACUCACAGGAAAUGUCACCAGCAGGCAAGAUUGGAUGGACAGGACGUAGUGGUGACGAUGACAGAGAUUCCCGGCAGAAGAUGAAAGAUGAGAUAUCGCCCACGACAAACAUGAAAUAUAGUCAUCAUUGAAGGUGACGCUGAGUACUUAGUGGGAUCCCUUGCAAGCGGAAGUAUGUACGCCCUUCCGUAUACCGCCAGUGACGUGGAGCCCAGGCACUACAAGCUCGAAUGGCUGUCGCUACUUGGGGCCGUGGCCGCCGCCCUCGCCCUGCUGGUGGUCGCUUAUUUCAUCAACAAUCAGGAUGGACUGCAAAAGGUGGCCUUUAUAUGCAUUGUUGUUGCUGGCUUCACCGUGGCCUUGUGUCUGGCUGCACUGUUCGCCCACUACUAUGUUGCCAGGCAUAACCCUAAGCGAAACAGGGACGACCCACCCAAGUACAAGGACGCCUGGGGCAGAGACUACUAUUCCCGCAGGAUAUCAGAGCUGCAGGACCCCGAGGAUAAUGUGUCCAGUGUCUCGUCCACCCUCCUUCCUCACUCCAUCCUUCAGCUCCAGUGUGACUUGCCUCGUAAUGAGUCUGCCCUGCGUCUUGACUCCUCGUCGCAGGUCAGAUCGUCCAUCCCAGAAUUAACUCCUCAUUCGUUACAAUCGGCAGCUGCAUCUUCAUCCCCAUCAUCUUCUUCGUGCCAGAGUCAACUCGUCACUUGCUCUGCCACCAUCUGUCCGAGCCGUUAUUGUGAUGAAUCUCAAGAGACAGUGGAUGAGCUGCCUUCUUACGAUGAAGCGAUGCAGUCCAUGGAUCUAUCAUCCAUCGAGAAGCUGAAGCACGAUAUUGAAGUUGAGGGUGAUUGAUUAGUGAAUUGAUAAGUCACUAUUGUUAUAUAAUAGUGCCUUACGUUAACUUUUUUUACUCCAUUACAUGACAGAACCAGGUGUUUAUUGUUAAGAUGGUGUUUCAUGUAGUGAAUCAAAGAGAUAGAUUAAGGAAGAGUCCCAACGCUUACAUGUUAUUGUUAAUAGUCGCACAUUACAACCUUCCAUAAUUUUAAUGAAUGAACGCAGUCUUAUGAUUAUGUACAAUAAUGAUAAGAAGAUUGCCUUUCCUAAUAAAAAGAGGAUCUCAACAAGAAGAGACAUUGGAAAACCUCUUAAUCAUAAUAUGGAAACUGCAUCAGAUGAGAGAUUAUUACUGCCAAAUUGACAAAGUUUAGUGUCUUAUUCUUCAUCAGGAUAUCCGUCUCCGCUCCAUUCUGAUCAGUACGUAUGUUACUGGUGUCCAUAACAGAAACAAAUAAACAUUUUCUUAAU